AUGGCAUCAAAGCUCUGUGACUCAUGCAAAUCGGCAACAGCAACCUUGUUUUGUCGAGCUGACUCAGCUUUCCUCUGCAUCAGCUGCGACUCCAAAAUCCACGCAGCGAACAAGCUCGCUUCUCGCCACGCGCGUGUCUGGGUCUGUGAAGUCUGUGAACAAGCCCCAGCCCAUGUCACCUGCAAGGCUGACGCUGCGGCGCUCUGUGUCACCUGUGAUCGUGACAUCCACUCUGCAAACCCUCUUGCCCGUCGACACGAGCGUGUCCCUGUCACUCCCUUUUUGAAUCCUCAUCCGCUGUGCACGGCGGAUCGUUACUUUGCUAACGCAGAUGGUGGUGGUGGUGGUGAUGUUAGUAGGGAGGAGGCAGAGGCGGAGUCAUGGCUGUUGCCGAACCCGGGUGGGGGGAAUACUAAAGGGGUGGAUAGUAUGGAUCUGAACACGGGUAAGUAUGUGUUUGGGUCAGAAAUGGAUCCCUAUUUGGAAAUGGAUCCCUACGUGGAUCCGAAAGUGGAAGUGCAAGAGCAGAAUAGUUCAGGUACUACCGAUGGGGUGGUGCCUGUGCAAAGGAACAAAUUAGGGUUUCAAGCUCCUGCUUUAGUUAAUGAUAAUAAUUGCUGCUUUGAGUUGGAUUUCUCUACUGGAUCUAAAUCUUUUGGUGGUGGCUAUGGCUAUAAUUCCUUGAGCCAGAGUGUUUCUUCUUCAUCUCUAGAUGUUGGAGUUGUACCAGAUGGCAGUACCUUGACAGACAUAUCGAACCCUUACAGUAGAUCAGUGAGCAACGGAAUGGAGUCCGUGAACCAGACAGUGCAACUAUCAGCAAUUGACCGUGAAGCAAGGGUAUUAAGGUACCGGGAGAAGAGAAAGAACAGAAAAUUCGAGAAGACAAUUCGAUAUGCAUCCCGAAAGGCCUACGCCGAAACAAGGCCACGAAUCAAAGGAAGGUUUGCCAAACGUGUUGAUUCCGGCGUCGAGGUCGAUCGGAGUAGUAUUUACGGAUUCGGUGUUGUUCCAUCCUACUAA